ACUCUUGAAAUAAUUGUCAGUUACUAACUUAGAAAAUUGUCAAGGAGCUUUUGUUCUGCAACUGACAAAUAAUAGUGUUUCAAAUUCUCCUCAUUUGUGUGCAAUUGUGCGGCUAAUCGUGAUUAAGUUGACAGUGGUUUUAUUCAGUUGUUGCCAAGUGGUAACACAACAAGAAUAAGGAUUGUAAUGCUAUGAAGUGGCUUGUCAUUAACAAAUAAGAAUUUUGCCAGAGAGAAGUGACACUGCUAAAAACUUAGAGCAAUGUGCACUGCAACAACAACCUGCAUUACAAAGAACUUCAGAUGGGAGCAGCUAAAGUUGUGGGUGGUGGGGCAAGUCAUUGCUUUCUGUACUGGCUCAAUUUAGCUCAGUUUGUCAGCCAGUAAAAAUCAGAUUUGUGUGUUUUAGUUUCUUUUGUACUUUGCGUGCUUUGCUUUUCAGCUUUUCAGUUCCAUUGUUGACAUGAUCAAACUGUGCAAGCAGCAGUUGAUUCAAUGAAUGUAACCAUGUAAUCCACAUCAAUGUUAAAUGUUUGUUGGGUAGUUGUUGUUUGUAUAUGGUGCUACUUGGGUGGCAGCCACAGUAGAAAUCUCUCUGUGACGAAAAUGUGUUAAAAGUUGAGGUAAAAACAUGGUGUGCUGUGGAAUUAUUAUUCCCAUCCUGAUCACAAAUUUAUCUUCUCCCCUUAAACAAUAUCUUUAGUAAACAUCCAUUUCCUCAACUCUUGUAGUGUAGAUAGGGAAUCAGGUCCAUUUUUUCAACCACAAAUGAAGUGUUGGCAGAUUUCUUGGUCAACAGCCUUGCAAGAAAGACAACAGUCACAGUGUUACAUUCUGCACAGUGAAUCUAUGUAAGAUGUGAGGAGUUGUAAAAUACCAUUAAUACUUUGUUGUUGUUGCCAACAGUUACAUGCAAACUUUCCCUAAGGCACCAGUGAAAUUUCGGUGCGAAAAAAAACGGUCGCGGCGCGUUCUCCGAAUUGUCUGAGUGGCUGGCCUCCGCCGUGGCCCCACUCAUUUCUCAUCCACAGUUCUGUGAGGACCUGGAUGAUUGAUACGGUAAUCCGCUGUUUCGCGCUUGAUGGGUUCCAGCACAAGCGGUUGCUGGUCGGCCGUGUUCGGGAUGCAGAGCUCCGUGCUCUGCAGCCUCGGUGUGUGCAACUAUUUGUGCACAGACGAGAUCGGAAUACGUAACGAACUGCGCGUUAUUUUGUUUACUAGCAAAUCGCUGACAGUCAUUUGAAAAGCGAAGUGGUCAAUUCGACAGCAGACACCAGUAUGGAGGUUUUAGUGGUUUUCUGCCCCUCAGGAUUUCCAGAAUCUGAAACUUUGACGUUGCUGUGCGCUGUAAUUCUCAGAAAUGUCGUGGGAUUCUUCGAGGCGGCGCAGGAGCCGAAGUGUACACGGAAGCUCCUCAUCACGUCUCCGUAUGGACUCUUAUAGCUCUUCGAGUCGAAGUAAUCGUGCCAGAGCAUCAACUCCGAGAAAGAGAGAACUGGACAAAGUAAUGAAGAAAGCUCGCCGUGAUGGACCAAAUCAGAGCAGUUACUGGAACAAGAAAUUGCUUGAAGUUGAAGAAAAGGAUCCAAACAGAUGGCGACAUAGUGGAUUCAAGGAGCUGUAUGGUGGUGGAAGUUCUCCACAUGGUAGUACUAAAAGGUCUCGUUCGCGGUCUCGUACACGUUCACCGCGUCGACCUCGAAGUCGGAGCAGAGACCGGCGAGCUCCCAGUGGAGGGCGAGCGAGAUCUCCUCUGCCGCCCGUGUCACGUCUCCGAUCGAGAUCGCGUUCACGUUCUCGUGACCGCUCUCGUCGUCCCCACACUCCCCCACCAUCUUCAUCACAAAGGCUGAGGAGCAGUUCUGCUCGCAGAACCUCACCGCCGAGAAGGGCACGUAGUCCAAAACCUACGUCGGUGUCGCCUAGCUCCCGAUCUGUUUCCAGCUGUUCUGAUGAAUCUUGUUCAGUAUGUUCUCCAAAGUCUCGCAAACGUCCAGCUGCACCACGAGGACCACCAACACCCAGGUCGAGAUCACGUUCAUUUUCUGUACCACGGAAUCGACCUGCUCGAUCUCCUCCACCAAGGCGUCUCGGACGUGAAAGGUCCGGACCACCGAUGGAUCCGCGUGGACCGCCGCCCAGUCCUCCUCCUAUUGUGCGCAAAACGUUGAAGGAGAGGAAGAAAGAACGAGAGAGAGCUAAAAGUGGCAGUUCCAAGAAACGAAAGAGCAGCACAAAAGAUCGAAGUAAGCGACGUCGCUCAGGCACCAAGACUGAGGAACGAGGGAGAAGCUUGAGUCCAUUAGGACCCAGACGCCGCCCACUUCCUGGUGGUGGUGCAUCAUCACCUGCACCGUCGUGCCACUCGGAUGACAGUUCUGCCGCUUCGUCGGGCAGCUCUGGUGGUGCGGAAGCACCUCGUCUCACCCUCUCCGAACGAUUUGGCAAAAUGGCGCAAUGGUCUGUCGACCGAAGAGAUCUGGACGGUGUUCGAAAUAUGCGCAUCACUAAGGACGCCGCGGGACAAGAUCUCAAGGUGGUGAUAGAGGGUGAGAGGUACCGCACUGCCAGUGGGGCUCCCCUGAGCCCGUCAGAGGAAUACUUCAUGCCAGCACCCUCGUCACUGGCAGACCUCGCGUGGGAUGAUGUGCGAGUGCGCUACAAGUACUACAAAGAGCGCGGGUACCUGCGGGACUUGUCUCUCGACGAUUACAUAAAAUGGGAGGAAUGGUGGUACAAGUAUCAGGAAUGGCUUGAAGCAGAACGCUAUUAUGAACAUUGGGCAGCUCUCGAAGCAUCUCGUAGCCGCAAAGGGUGGGGUGGUGGCAGCAGCAGUUCUAGGAAACGCCGUCGCUUGUAAUUACAUGUUUCCCUUGGCGCAGGGUGUUCUUUGCCAAGUGAGGAGAGUGCCAGUCUUUUGGAGGUUUCUGACAGUUUUGCGCUGCUUUGGAUGGGAUACUGCCCUUCUGUACAGCACUCGCUGGUAGAAAAUAGUUUUAGGAUUCCUGGAAUUGUAUAAGGGUUGUGUGCACUGUACAGUAUUGAAAGCGAAAGCUGAAGUGUGUAAUGAAUACUAAAUCGUAGAUUUUUAUUUAUAUAUUGGUGUCUGACUAAUCGUGGAAAGAAUUUUUUAGUAGAGUCAUUCCUGCAAAUAUUGCUGAGCUCUUGUCUAUUUGCUUGCUCUAAAUUAUGUAUCAGUAUUUACAUAGAAGAAAAUGUUAAAAUCCAGUAUGCUGUCCACUAUGGACAUUUUUAAUAUUGUCUUUGGCUGGAGAUUCUUUGUGUCUGUAAUAUUUCUCUUGUCUGUCAGUCUUAAUUUGUGUGUACUUAAGAUAAAAUCAGUGUCAUUCUA